CCUACUCGAUCGCCGUCAGUUCAGUAGUGAACGGGACAGAGAGAGGAGGCGCUGUCUCGUUUUUUAUGUCUUUCCUAUACCCAGUUUGUAGCUUUCCCUGUAGUUAUCUGUAGUUCAGUUUACUUGAUUAACUCCUACCUUAGUAAAGAUGUACAGGUAUCUUGGAGAGUUACUCUCACGAGGAGCAAGUGGUGCUCUGGCCUCGGGAUGUGUCGACUCUGCCCUGCCUGCUUCCGCGUCUUUAAUGCGGGUUCGUCGCUACAGCGAGGCCGUGGGAGAUGAUGAUCCCAACUUCUUUACAAUGGUGGAAGGAUUUUUUGACAGAGGAGCCUCAAUUGUGGAGGAUAAGCUUAUGGAAGAUCUCAGGAAUAGAGAAACACCCGAGCAGAAGAGGAAUCGAGUCCGAGGAAUUCUCAAGAUCAUCAAGCCCUGUAACCACGUACUAGCAGUGUCAUUCCCCAUCAAGCGAGACAACGGAGAAUGGGAACUGAUAGAGGGAUACCGGGCCCAACACAGCCAACACCGUACCCCCUGCAAAGGAGGUAUCCGGUACAGCACACACGUGUCUUUCGAUGAGGUGAAGGCCUUGGCCUCACUAAUGACAUAUAAAUGUGCAGUUGUUGAUGUGCCUUUUGGAGGAGCUAAAGCUGGUCUGAAGAUCAACCCAAGGCAAUACUCUGACAAUGAGUUGGAGAAAAUCACCAGGAGGUUCACCAUUGAACUGGCCAAAAAAGGAUUCAUUGGCCCUGGCAUUGAUGUGCCUGCUCCCGACAUGAGCACUGGCGAGAGGGAGAUGUCGUGGAUCGCCGACACCUUCGCCAACACCAUGGGCUACAACGAUAUCAAUGCCUACGCGUGCGUGACAGGCAAGCCCAUCAGCCAGGGUGGCAUCCACGGCAGAGUGUCGGCCACCGGUCGCGGAGUUUUCCACGGCAUUGAGAACUUCGUCAAUGAGUCAGCCUACAUGAGUCAACUGGGUCUCACCCCUGGCUUUGGGGACAAGACCUUUGUCAUUCAGGGAUUUGGUAACGUGGGUCUGCACACCAUGCGCUACCUCCACCGCUUCGGGGCCAAGUGUGUUGGCGUGGGAGAGAUCGAUGGAAACAUUUGGAACUCGGACGGCAUUGACCCCAAAGAGCUGGAGGACUAUAAGCUGCAACAUGGCACUAUUGUGGGCUUCCCCAAGGCCCAGCCUUAUGAAGGAAGCAUCCUGGAGGCAGACUGCAACAUCCUCAUCCCAGCCGCUGGGGAGAAGCAGCUCACCAGGAGGAAUGCACACAAGGUCAAGGCCAAGAUCAUUGCUGAGGGUGCUAACGGCCCUACAACUCCAGACGCCGAUAAGAUCUUCCUGGAGCGGAACAUCAUGGUGAUUCCGGAUUUGUACCUGAACGCCGGUGGUGUGACGGUCUCCUACUUUGAGUGGCUGAAGAACCUGAACCACGUCAGCUACGGCCGACUGACCUUCAAGUACGAGAGGGACUCCAACUACCACCUGCUGAUGUCUGUUCAGGAGAGUCUGGAGAGGAAGUUUGGAAAGCACGGUGGUGCCAUACCUGUGGUCCCCACCUCUGAGUUCCAGGCUAGGAUCGCUGGAGCCUCUGAGAAGGACAUAGUGCACUCUGGUCUGGCGUACACCAUGGAGAGGUCGGCCAGGCAAAUCAUGCGCAUUGCCAACAAGUACAAUCUGGGUCUGGACCUGCGGACUGCAGCCUACGUCAAUGCCAUCGAGAAGGUCUUCAAGGUGUACAACGAGGCUGGAGUAACCUUCACAUAAAAGGUCUGCUCAACAGUGAUGUGUGUCUAUGCGUCUGUCUGUUCUCCUACACGAUCGGACCUCGGAUUCCAACGUUCACACACACUACAACCCCCUUACCCCUUUCCACCAGUUUCACACCCCUUAUCCAAAUCCGUAAUGCACCCGCUCCACGACAUAUCCAAAGUUUACAUUUUACUAUUAGCUGUUACAUGGCAUUUACACAAUACUUAACCAACCAACCAACCAAACACCACACAUUUUAUUCCUGUGUCCCCUGUGUCUUCAGGUCCAUGUUUUUGCUAUGCAAUUCUCAUUUUUCAGGAAAGUCACCAUGAGUCUUCUAGAUGAGUCUUCCAUCCUUAUCAUUGCUUAGCCAAAGUACCCCAAAACAAAUCAAAUCUCAGAGGAUUUCAAAUUUACACGCAAAGUGGGAGCAUGAUCAGAAUUCACCUUCUUAGUAUAAUUCAGGUAGAUUUAUGUUCCACGCAAAGAAAAUAUUCUUAUAGGUCACAUUAAAUAGUUUUUAUGUCUUCUUGUUCCAUGUUACAUAUCUGUGCAAAGCACUUUUUUAUAGUUGUAUGGUUGGCUCCCACUUUAAAUAUACGUAUACAUAAAUAUAAUGGUUUUCUAGACUUCACCCCUCUGACUUCUCUUUCAAAAGAUGUAGUAUAGCCCAGAGCCGCUUUGAACAGGCCACGCAUAUCAGCACAGCUUUUCUAGAUAACUCACCAGCCUUAACGGUCUACUUUAGGACCCAGUGCUAAAGUAGGAAAAAACCAAAGUACAGUGCUACACACCUUAGCAUCUCUUUCUCCUCUUUAUCUCAGGCUUUUUUCUUACGUAAAAAAGAAAAAGGAAAUAUAACAAAAUGGCUGCUCUCUCAUUUGCGUUGAGAGGCACUUUUGGAAGCAGCCUUAUAUGACUUAAACUGCACGUUACACUUAUUGCCUGAAGGCCGGCUAACUUCUGUAGACAAUGCUUGGCCUUCAAACAGACUGGGAGAUGGUUCUCCCCCUUAGCUUUAAAACUUUUUAUUUUUGCACCAUUGGAUGAGCUGUGUAUGGUUUAUAUUCCAAAAAAAUCCAUGGAAGUGUAAAAGGAAGGGAAGCAUAUACCUUUAUAUGGGAACAAAGAUUUAUUUUCCUUUUAGCAACUCAGCCUUAUUGUAUGACAUUGUUCUGUUGGAUUAUCGGUUAAAAACAAUCAUUUGUAUUUGCCUUUUGUUAAUUGGAGUGAAUUAAAUGUCAACAACUACAAGAUAAAAA